AUGGAGUUUGCGGUAGCAAAAGCUUUGAAACCGAGUUUACGGAGGGAGUUUGUUUUUCAACAAACGCUUGGUGAGGAACUUUUUAGCUUUAACUCCAGCGCGGUGGUUGCCGGUGAAGAUUUCUCAGUCGACGACCUCUUUGACUUCUCCAACGGCGAUGUUAUUCACUAUGAACAACAACAUAACGAAGACGAAGAAGAUUCCGAAGAAAAAGAUAGUUUAUCUCUUUCCUCUCACUCGCUUUCGGAAGAUAGCAACUCCAAUUCCACCGACGCUUCCUAUGAUUCCAUUUUCUCAACUGAAUUACUCGUUCCGGAUGAUGACGUGGCAGGUCUUGAAUGGGUUUCUCACUUUGUAGAUGAUUCUCUACCAGAGCUUUCUCUUCUCUACCCGGUUCAUGUUCAAACCAAGGCGUAUCCUCAAAAUAAACCGAACCAUGAAAAAAUUACCAGAAAAACCAGAACCGUCAAGAGCAGAAAACCAAACCCUCAGGCCUGGGCUUUUAGGUCUUUGAUUUUACGUCCGUUUUUUCCGUCUACGGUUUUCGGAGAGCCGCCAGUGAAGAAACAGAAGAAAAAGGUUCAGGCUCAGUCCCAGGCCCAAGUUGACGGGGCUGAAGCCCAAGAGGAGACCCAUUUACAGCGACGGUGUAGUCAUUGCCAAGUGCAGAAGACGCCGCAGUGGAGAACCGGUCCGUUAGGAGCGAAAACCCUGUGUAACGCGUGUGGGGUUCGGUAUAAAUCCGGUAGGCUUUUUUCGGAGUAUAGACCUGCUUGUAGCCCAACUUUUAGCAGCGGAAUUCAUUCCAAUAGCCACCGGAAAGUGUUGGAGAUGAGGAAGAGAAAAGGGAUGGUUGGACCGGAGUCCGGUUUGUCGGGUCAGACCCAAUUAGUCACGAGUUGCUGA